CCCUCCCCCCCCUCCCUCCCUCCCUUCCUCUUCCUUUCUCCCCUUCCUCCUUCCCACCACCCCACCGCGGUCUUCCGCCAAUUUGUUCUCUCCCCCCACCCUCCACUCAAAAAAAACACUCCACCGGAUUCAGUCCCAAACCAAUCCAAAACACUUCGUCUUUGCCAGUUCCCGGCCAAGGUCGCGCUAAGACACUCAACUCGACUCCGAGCUUCUUCUUCCCGCCCCUCCUCCUCCUCCUGCCGAGCCAGCCUUCCACACAGUGGCGGGUAGUGCAGUUGCCCACAUAGAUUGCGAGCCAUGGAAAAGUUCAACGGAUGGAUAGAAGCAUGGCGGGUGAACAGACUCGAGUCGCUCUGCAAGGAAUGGGUGAACUACAUGCUGCAAGAUCGGUUCAUGCACUUGGGCGAACUGAGUGACCUGCGGAAUCCGACGGGUUUGCUGGCACUGGCGCAGAUCAUCACGCCCAAGGAGAUAGAUAUGUUCAAUCACGAUGACGCGCCACUGGUGGUCAACCCAGUGACCGACGACCAUCGCAAGCACAACAUGGAAACCUGUCUCAAACUCGUCCGCUCGGCAGGCGUCCCGAUCUCGGCCCAUCCACUGGAAAUACUCAACGGCGACAUCCAGAAAAUCAUCUGGACCGUUCUCCAGAUGGCUCGCUUCUACUACUCGCGCCGCCUGUUCACAGGCGGGAAACAUGCGUGGGGUGCGUCCACGCCGCGGUCGGCCGCAUCAGCAGCCUCGGCCUCGGCCUCGGAGCAGCUCUUCUCCCAGCGCCUCCUUGCUCAUCUGCAUACCUUCCUUUCCCUCUCUUCUUUUCCUUCCUCAGUCACUCUCCCGCCGCUGACCAACUUUCGCGCGCAGUGGCGCGACGGCCGCGCCGCGCUCCUCCUUGUCCACGCCCUCGCACCACAAACCAUCGAUCGCGUUCCGGUGGCAGUCUUUGUCGCCGCGAGCUCGGCCUCACUCCCAUCGCACAUGCACGACUCGGACUCGUCGUCCUCGCUUGCCGCCUUUGAUGAUGCCGACACUGCGCUGGAGAUUCUACUCUCCGACGCCGUCACCGCCCGCCAGCGCUACCACAUCGCCAUCGACGCCCUCGCCGAGGCCUUUGGCAUGCCGCAUCUCUUCACGCCCGAGCUCAUCGCCACAGAGCCUGAGGAGGUCUCGCUCGAGAUCUUUGUGGCCAUGGCGCUCAAUUACCGCUCGGCGCUCGAAGGCUCACCCACGGUGUCGACCUCGGCCGCGUCGCUUGCCUCGCCGCUACAGAGCUCAUCCGAGCCCGACUCACCGUCGGCCAGCCAGGACGCCCGCACCUACGCCAUGACGCUCAAGGUCCAGCUCGAUGAGGCCAACGCCUUCCUCGACACCGCCCGCUCGGAAAUAUCUCGCCUCCAGUCGCAGAUCUACCACACGGAAGCUGCGCACGUCUCGAUUGUCGAGCGGCUCGAGGCCGCCGAGCGCGAGCUCGAGGCCGCCGCAGGCCGCGAGGCCGCGCUUCAGGCCCGCAUCGACGACGUGGUGGCCCAGAAAGAGUCUCUCAUCACCGAGGCCAAGCUCACCAUCGCCCGUGUCCAGAACGAGCGCAAGACCGCAGAGGACAAGUUCCGCUCCGCGCUCGAGAUGUCGCAGGUCACCGCCAAGAAGUUCAAGCGCCUCCAAGCCCAGGUCCGCAUCCGCAUCGAUGAAGAGCGCAAGUCGCUGGAGCAGGACGUCGAAGCGCCAACGGGGGAAGUCACCCUCAUGUUCACAGACAUCCAGAACUCGACAGAGCUGUGGGAGGCCGAUGCCGCCGUCAUGGCCGCCUCGCUCGAGAUCCACAACGACAUAUUCCGCUCCAUCCUUCCGCGCUACCUCGGGUUUGAGGUCAAGACCGAGGGUGACGCCUUUAUGGUUGCCUUUUCUUCGCCGGUCGACGCCGUCAUGUGCGCCCUCGCACUCCAGCGCGCGCUCCUCACCGCCCCGUGGCCGCCGUCACUCCUCAAACCCCCGGGCAUCCCCAUCUGUGCCCCGGCCUACGCCAGCAACGGAUCGCUCCUCUGGCGCGGCCUCCGCGUCCGCAUCGGCAUCCACUGCGGAAGCCCAACCUGUCGCGCGGACCCCAUCACCGGUCGCAUGGACUACUUUGGACCCAUCGUCAACCGUGCCGCCCGCAUCGAGUCAGUCACCUCGGGCGGCCAAAUUGUCAUCUCUGAGACCGUCCACGACGCUGUUGCCGGCCUCCUUCCUACCCUUGACCCGCCCGUCGUCGUCCGGGACCUCGGCACCGUCGCCCUCAAGGGCAUCGACGAGCAGCUGCACAUCUAUCAGGUCGCAGACAACCAGCUCGUCGCACGCGUCUUUGACACGCCCAACGCAAAGCGCGGCGAGGUCCUCGACAUCGUCAACAACCCCAAGUCCAUCCACGCAGAGCUUGACGUCGCCACCAAGGACACCCAAGACCUCGCCGCGUCGCUUGCUCGCAUCGCCUCGGAGCUCGAGGUCACCAAGUCCGCGCACCACGCAGACAUUUCAUCCAUCGUCAAGGCCAUGGAGACGCUGGCCACAGCCACAUCCUCCAUCCGCCCGGGCGCCCUCGCCAAUGCCCGCAACCUCGACACCUCGUUCUCGUCGCCGACGGCGGCUUCCAUUCUCUCUGCAGCCUCCCAGCACUCAGUCUCGCGCGAGGACCUCUUGGAAGCCCUCCAGUUUGUCCGCCACAUCGGCCCGUCGGUCCAGCACCUGCAAGACCAGCUGGCAGCCUCGCAGUCUCAGAUCGAGGCUGCAAACCUCUCGGUUACCGUCUUGCAAAAGCACUUUCAUGCCCUCCGCGACCAGGUCCGCAACCUUCUUCACACCCGCUCGCUCGCCGAGCCCGACGACUACGACGCCGACGCCUAUUCCGACGCUUCCUCGCUCGCCUCCAACUUUCUCUCAUGGAAGCGGUCCGCAGACUCGCACAACUCGCGCAUCCACGCCAACUAUGACAAGCUCGCCCGCGAGCUCGAGGCCGCCAUUCGCGCAAACAGGCUCCUCAGACGCCAGCUCAAGCACGUUCUCUCGCUCUCGGCCGCAGAUCGCGCUGCCUUUGGCCUUGAAGACCUCGACCCGUCGUCGCCGUCGUCAUCGUCGUCGCCGUCGCGCCCCUCGCGCCGCCGCAACACCCUCUCGGCCGCCUUGCGCCCGGCUCAGGAGCAGCUCGUCCCGCCGUCGCCCACCCGCUCCAAGCUCCAACGCGCCCAGUCUAUUUCGCUCGCCCGUGCCCACCGUUCGCCAACACGCGAGGCCAACGCGUCCGCGCCGUCGCCCGAGUCUCUCGGGCGCAAGAACACAAUCCCCAGCCGCCGCAAGUCGGCCUCGCUCACAUCCAUCCACGUCGACCCGGGCACCCCGACGCCAGGGCCGCAGCGAGAAACGCUCUCGCGCUCGCCGGUCUCGCGCAAGAAACGCUCAUCAACGCGCUCGCGCUCACGCUCCCGCUCGAGCUCAGCUACUCUCCCGCCGCGCCCUGACGCGCCGUCCUCGCUCUCGCCGCCCAAUCUGGCCUCUCGCCGUGCCUCGUUCCGCUCGGGCCUAGCCAUGCUCUCGCCGGUCCCAGAGGGCCGCACUAAGCUCGGUCCCGCCUCCUCGUCCAGCUCAGAGUCGCAGCUCUUCGCCCCAUCCUCGCCGCCCUCGGCCACCAACCUUGCUUAUUCGCAUAACCUCUCUCCAGGCUCCAUCGCCCGAGUCCGAGUCAAGGUGAGGCGCAGGCGCCACUCGCACGACUCGCCAGCUUCCUCGCCACGCCUCGCCUCCAAGUCGCCGACUCGCAACCACAACCACCGCCACCGCAGUCGCGAGAGCAGCGAGAGGGGUCGCGAUGACCACGGUGGAAGUCGCCGCAAGGUGAUGCGCAAAGUCAAAUCGGUGGCUGACGUCCGCGCCGACAAGCUCCCACCCGCAACGCCUCGCCCUUGCCCUUGCCCUCCAGCCUCUCGCUCCACGCCCUCCACAAGCUCCCUGCCAUUCCUCACAAGCCGCGGCCCCAGAACUUUGGCCACGAGUGUGAGCGCGAGGCCAAGCAUCAUGCCCGCCACAGCAACGAGGACCAGCUCACACAGCCGCCGUCGACGCCCACAGGCCCGCUGGAUCCCGACCUCACAUUAUCAGCCGUGUUCACCGACUCGGACUCGUGCUCCGAUUCCGACUCGGACAGCUCAAGCUAGCCCUUAACGGUAUGUCGCUCGGACGCGUUGUCGCUCGUCUCAAAGUGAACAACUCAAUCAUGC